AGCAAGAGUUCUGCGCAUGCGUGAGAGCCCUGCGUCCUGCAUCAACCAGCUAUAUGAGACCGGGCGCGGAUACAGAUGCAGUUUUCUUGAACAGCCGCACAAAUGGAUGGAACCGAAACGAACCGGAGAAACUCCGCGAAAACGGAGCAACAGAAGAUGUUAGACUCCGGAGGAAACCAAAGUGGAUCUAAGGACAGAGUGACUCUUAAAAAAGAAAUUGGUCUCUUGAGCGCGUGCGCCAUAAUUAUAGGCAACAUCAUUGGCUCAGGGAUCUUCAUCUCUCCAAAGGGUGUUCUAGAUCAUGCAGGCAGUGUGGGGUUUUCACUUAUUGUGUGGGUUCUCGGAGGAGGUAUCUGUGCCCUGGGAUCUCUUUGCUAUGCCGAGCUGGGCGUCACCAUCCCCAAAUCAGGUGGAGACUACUCAUAUGUGACAGAGAUCUUCGGGGGCCUGGUGGGUUUCUUGUUGCUGUGGAGUGCAGUGUUGAUCAUGUACCCAACUACUCUGGCUGUGAUUGCGCUCACCUUCUCCAACUAUGUGCUACAGCCUGCCUUCCCAAACUGCCUGCCUCCAUACAUUGCCACCCGGGUCCUCUCAACCGCCUGUGUCUUGUUCCUGACUUGGGUGAACUGCUCCAGUGUGCGCUGGGGGACACGGAUCCAGGAUGUUUUCACUGUGGGGAAGCUGCUGGCCCUUGUUCUCAUCAUUGUAGUGGGAAUUGUCCAGAUUGCCAAAGGACACUAUGAUGCAUUGGAGCCUCAGAGAGCUUUUGAGUUCAUAAAGGAUCCAUCAGUGGGGCAGAUUGCUCUAGCCUUCCUGCAGGCCUCAUUUGCAUACAGUGGAUGGAACUUCUUGAACUAUGUCACUGAAGAGGUGGUUGAGCCUCGCAAGAAUCUUCCACGUGCGAUCUACAUCUCCAUCCCCCUGGUGACGCUCGUCUAUACUCUCACCAACAUUGCGUACUUCUCCUCCAUGUCCCCUCAAGAGCUGCUGGAGUCGAACGCUGUUGCUGUGACAUUUGGAGAGAAGCUGCUAGGAAUGUUCUCCUGGGUGAUGCCCAUCUCUGUAGCUCUUUCCACCUUCGGGGGGAUUAACGGAUACUUGUUUACCUCUUCUAGGUUGUGUUUCUCAGGCGCCAGAGAGGGUCACCUGCCCUACCUGUUGGCUAUGAUCCACCUUAAGAGCUGCACACCAAUCCCCGCCCUGCUCGUUUGUUGUACGGCCACCAUAGUGAUCCUGUGUAUCGGGGACACUCAUAACUUGAUAAACUACGUGUCUUUUAUAAACUACCUCUCAUAUGGAGUCACUAUAGCUGGGCUGCUGUACUACAGAUGGAAGAAACCCAAACUAGUCAGACCCAUCAAGGUAAACUUGUUGGUCCCUUGCAGCUAUCUAGUGUUCUGGGCAGUGUUGCUGGGCUUCAGUCUGUACUCGGAGCCAGUGGUGUGUGGUAUGGGGCUGGUGAUCAUGCUCACUGGAGUCCCCAUCUACUUCAUUGGAGUUCAGUGGAAAAACAAACCAUACUGGGUUUACAGUGCUGUGGAGAAAGUCACCUAUCUGGGGCAGAAGUUGUGUUAUGUGGUCUUCCCCCAGGAUGAUCCUUCUGAAAUACAGCCUCUUACAGAGAAAUCGGAGCUGUGAGCAUCAGCACAGGACCUCUUGCACUCCUGUUUGGAAUAGCAAAGACCUGUUGUCCAUCCGUUAUUGAGUGUUCUCCUUGUCCGAUGCUGUAUGUGAGGAGAUGUUCCCCAAAAGCUCCUCUGAGACUCAGCCAUCACAGCAGAAGAAACAGAAAUUUAACGUUAUCUCACUCAGACAUCACAUUUCUUAGUUGAAACAGUUCUCCCCUCGCAUACAUUCGUCCGGACAUCACCUUGUAAUUGAACGUACCCUCCUCCUGUCCUGUCAGAGCUGAAUUUCUAUGUCGUCUUCAUGUUUUCUCUGGGAGUUGUUCGUUUUUUGAGAACUGUUGGUGUAUUCUCGUGUGCCUUACAGGAUCUCUCUGUAUUUGAGGUUAUUAUCUUUACUUUAAGUAGACUUUUUAUUAGUAAUCCCCUGUAAGUGAGCGACUUCUUGAAGCCUGUUUACCUUUUAACAGUUUUCUGAAAUCUAAACUCCAUUUGUGAGUCUGAACUUUCUCUCCUAGAGGAUUAGGCCUUGUCCUCUAGUCCUCCUAAUUAUUACUUACUCCCUCAAGCAAAAAACGUAAUAACGUCUAGCUGCGCUCAACUGUCUAUGCAAGAAUAGUCUAGGCACUUUAAUGAAGUUACCUAUUUUUAGCUCAUAUUGCACGCUAAACUUAUUGCCAUGCUUCCUGAAUAAGCAACAAUCUCCUGCCACUGUUAAACAGAGGCUCUGCCCCAGCACUCAUUAGCACUGCCAGUCUUUUAGCCUUAUGCUAAUGAUAGGAACCAUGAGAUGUUCCAAGUUCAUUCUUCUUGAAUAACAUUAUUUACAUAAAAGGUGCUUUACAUUUAAAAAAAAUUCUCAAAGGCAGACACUUUCAACUGUUAUCCAAAAGGAGAUGUAGUCCUCCACCCAUUAAUGCCUUUAGAUAACAAGACAUUAGUCUAUUUUGGCUUUGAUUUUGGGCACUGAACAUGGACAUUCCACUGAGCUAUAUGCAACAGCGAUGAUAUCCAUCUUUUCAUUUGAAACUGAAUACCAAACCGAAGUCAAACAGAUUUUGGAUCUGAAGGAGUUGAUUAGCGGAUUUGGGACUUGAGCGCCCUCUUCAGGCCAGAUCUUUCUAGACACACAAUCAUACCCGGUAUGAAGACCCCAGUGCUCUUCUCUUUCCAUGGGUCCAGCUCAGUGUCUCUCAGUGAUGUCCGCCAAGACUAGCAGUGUUCAUGCUUUCACUGCCCACAGCGGCAAAGGCACAAUGAUAAGCACAGUACAGUGAAAUCUUAAUGUAAAUAUUGCUUAACAUUUCAAAUACAUCAGGGAUUCAUUGUGAGAUCACAUUCCUGACAUUAGUAAAGUGUGAAAUGUAUGUAUUAAGUAUACAUAUGUUUCAUAUUGUAUGCACUAUAGACAUGUAUGCUGAUAUACUUGUGUUUUGUAAAAAUUGUUAAAAGGUGUUUAUCAAUAACAAUAUUAGCACAUUAAAUUUAAUUCUAAAAAAAGGUUGCAAGUAA